AUGAGCAGAUCUACCCCCUUGAGGAUCGCCGUCCUCAUCAAUACACCAUCAGACGACUAUGACUUCUGGACAGACGUCCGUCAGGCCUGGCAAGAAUCUUUCGCCAAUGUUGCCCCCUGCGCCGAGGUCGAUUUCUACGACCCAGUCUUCGAGAGAGCCUUCCCGGAUUCGUCAAAAUAUGACCUAAUUGCUCUAAGUGGGGGCAAAGCAGACGCAUCUUCAUCUGACCCCUGGGUGCUCGGAGUGCUUGAUUUCGUGCGCACUGUUGUGCGUGAUUCCCCCAACACGAAGAUUCUUGGUGUCUGUUGGGGGCACCAAGCUGUGGCGAGGGCACUCGGUGGAGAGGUUGGAGCUGUCCCGACAGGGCCAAUCGCUGCUAUCCAAGAUAUCGCUCUCACGGACGCGGGAAAAAAGUUCCUGACAUUCGCCGCCAGCACCGGUUCGUACAAAGCACCCGAAUUUCAUGUCCGCGAAGUCACCAAGCCUGCACCGGGCUUCAUCCACCUCGCCUCGAACCACGAGUGCUUCGUCAACGAAGCAAACACAGUUCUCUCCUUCCAAGCUCAUCCAGAAAUUUCGAAUAGGCUAGCCCAGAAAAUGCUCCUUGACGACGAUAAGGAGUACAAUGGGAAUUCUACUGCUGAGCAGUUGAAGGCGGAGGUGCAGAAACUCGACCAACCAACUGAUGGUAUGAAGUUGCUGAAGCGGGUUAUUCAGUGGCUAGACGAGUAA